UUGGAAAAACGCAACGAGCUAUUCGAUAUAUACUUUUUAAAACUACGCUUACAAUGGGAUUUACCGUAAUCAGCGGCUGCUUUCCCAUUCUAUACAUACAAUCUCAUAUCCUGAUCCCUCAAUUCUUAUCUAUGAUAAUAGCAGCUUUGCAACGAAUGUAUAUCACAGCGUUGGCAGCCAAUGAUUUGAAAGAAGCUAGCAUACAAUUUGCUUGGUCAGUUUAUAGCGCAUCAUGGAUUGGUAAAUCACAAAAAAUGAAAAAUAAUAUUUUCAUAAUGCUUCAAAAAAGCCAGAAACCACUUCUGAUAUCUAUGAAUGGUUUAUUACCUGCUCUUACUUUAGAAUAUUAUGCAGGAUUUCUAACAUCGGUCUUAUCAUAUUUUAUGACAAUGAGAGCAGCAAUUAUUAAAUGA